AGGGUUUAGCAAAGUACAACGUCAAAAUUCCUAAAACCUCAAACCUAAUUAGAACACAACACAGCAACUCUUUUUCAAAGGUUCUUCGUUUGUUCCUUCGAAGCCAAAGCCAAAAACCAUGGCUUUGGAUAGCACCAAGACCGAACAGUCCCACAAGUCUCACCGGUCUCGCCAGGCCGGUCCGAAGAAAAAAUCGAAGUCCGAUAAGAAGAACAAGAACGUUUCCGACAGCGACAGGAAGCAAAACCCUAAGGCAUUUGCUUUUAGUUCGUCUGUGAAAGCGAAGCGAUUACAGUCACGGACUGUGGAGAAAGAGCAGCGAAGGCUUCAUGUUCCGGUGAUCGAUCGGGCUUAUGGUGAGCCGCCGCCUUUCGUUAUUGUGGUGCAAGGACCUCCUCAGGUCGGGAAGUCGCUUGUAAUAAAGUCUCUUGUAAGGCAUUAUACUAAGCAGAAUUUGCCCGAGGUUCGGGGCCCAAUUACCAUUGUAUCAGGUAAGAAAAGGCGGCUGCAGUUUGUGGAGUGCCCAAAUGAUAUAAAUGGCAUGAUUGAUGCGGCAAAGUAUGCCGAUUUGGCUUUGCUUCUCAUAGAUGGAAGUUAUGGCUUUGAAAUGGAAACCUUUGAAUUCCUCAACAUAUUGCAAGUUCAUGGGUUCCCAAAGGUUAUGGGAGUUCUUACUAACCUUGAUAAGUUCAAGGAUGCAAAGAAACUGAAGAAAACAAAACAGCGUCUCAAGCAUCGUUUCUGGACUGAAAUAUAUGAUGGAGCAAAAUUGUUUUAUUUAUCUGGCCUAAUUCAUGGGAAGUAUCCCAAGCGUGAAAUUCACAAUCUGGCACGGUUUAUUUCUGUAAUGAAAUUUCAUCCGUUGUCUUGGCGAGUUUCUCACCCCUAUAUUUUGGUAGACCGUUUUGAAGAUGUCACUCCUCCUGAGCGAGUGCGUAUGAAUAAAAAAUGUGAUAGGAAUGUCCUUGUUUAUGGUUAUUUGCGAGGCUGUAAUAUGAAGAAGGGGACUAAGGUGCAUAUUGCCGGUGUGGGUGAUUACAGUUUAGCAGGCAUUGCAGGAUUAGCUGAUCCUUGUCCUUUACCAUCAGCUGCCAAGAAGAAAGGGCUGCGUGAUAAAGAAAAAUUGUUUCAUGCACCCAUGUCUGGACUUGGGGACCUUCUCUAUGACAAGGAUGCUGUCUAUAUAAACAUAAAUGACCACCUUGUUCAGUUUUCUAAAGCGGAUGAUGAAAAUGGGGGAGAAACAAACAAAGGAAAGGACCAAGAUGUGGGUGAGGUUUUGGUUAAAUCUCUUCAGAAAGCAAAGUACUCAAUUGAUGAGAAGUUAGAAAAGAGCUUCAUUAGCCUUUUCGGCCAGAAGCAAGCCAAGGAUAAUCAUGGAAGUGUGGAGCAGAUUCGAGAAAUAGAGCCUUCAGAGGGAUAUCAUUCUGGGGAAGAAAUUGAAACUGAUGAAUCCAAUGAUGAAAGUGAUGGUGGGGUUCGGGAUGGUUCAGAAUCUUCAGAUCAAGAUGAAGCCGUUCAAAAAGAGCGAAUGAUAAAAAGUGAAGAUAGUGGUUCUGAAGAAGAUAAUGAUGCAUUAGAUCAGCAAAAUUCUCUAAAAGAUCGUUUGCAGGAACGUGUUGAGUACCAUGAUGGAAGAAUAAGGCGUAAAGCUUUCUUUGGAGAUGACAUUGAUCACGAUGACUUGAAGGAUUCAGAUGAAGUGAAUGAGGACAGUGAUGAUGAUGCAGACAAUAAGACAUCCUCUGGUUCAGAUUUUUCGGAGGAAGAUGGAGAGGAUCAUGAAAUAGAUGAAGAUGACAUGGGAAAUAUUUCAAAGUGGAAAGAAUCUUUAAUGGAAAGGACUGUCUCCAGACAGAAUACUAAUCUUAUGCAACUUGUAUAUGGGAAGUCUACGUCAGCAUCUACUACGGCUAUGGAUGAAGCACAAGAUAGUAGUGGUGAUGAAGAAAGUGAUGGAGAUGAAUUCUUUAAGCCAAAAGGAGAGGGGAAAAAGAAUCUGAGAGAAGGAUUUGAUGAUGGAAAUGUCAACUCUGAGGACUGUAGCAAAUUCAUAAAUUAUGAAACUCUCAAAAAUUGGAAAGAUGAAGAGCUUAUUCAGAGUAUUCGUGAUCGUUUUGUUACCGGUGACUGGGAAAAGGCUAAAAGCAGAAAUAAAUACCCAGAGGCCAACGCUGAAGAUGAUGAUGACGCUUUCUAUGGUGACUUUGAAGAUUUAGAAGCAGGUGAGAAGAAUGAGAGGCAUCGAACAGAUGAUACUGGCAAUGGUGCAGUCCAAAUGGAAGAUGACCCAGCAGCUGAGGAGCGAAGGCUUAAGAAGCUUGCCCUCCGUGCAAAAUUUGAUGCACAAUUUAACGGAUCUGAAUCACCAGAUGAGGAAGUUGAUACAAAGGACAGAGACAGAAAUGGAAGUGGUUAUUUUGACAAGAUGAAGGAGGAGAUUGAACUCCGUAAACAAAUGAAUAUAUCUGAACUCAAUGAUCUUGAUGAGGCCACCCGAAUCGAGAUAGAGGGCUUUCGGACAGGGACUUACUUGAGAUUGGAGAUUCAUGAUGUUCCUUGUGAGAUGGUUGAGUAUUUUGAUCCCUGCCAUCCUAUUUUAGUUGGAGGAAUUGGACUUGGGGAGGAAAAUGUUGGGUAUAUGCAGACCAGGUUAAAGAAGCACAGAUGGCACAAGAAAAUACUGAAGAAUAGAGAUCCCAUAAUUGUUUCAGUUGGAUGGAGACGUUACCAAACUAGACCUCUUUAUGCCAUUGAGGAUCUGAAUGGAAGGUACCGAAUGCUUAAGUACACUCCUGAACACAUGCAUUGCCUUGCCACGUUCUGGGGCCCUCUUGCCCCUCCUAAUACUGGCGUGGUUGCUGUUCAGAAUGUAUCAAACAAUCAGGCGACAUUUAGGAUUAGUGCAACUGCAGUUGUGUUGGAGUUUAAUCAUGCAGCUCAGAUUAAAAAGAAAGUCAAGCUGGUUGGUUACCCCACCAAGAUCUUCAAGAAGACAGCUCUUAUCAAGGAAAUGUUUAAUUCAGAUCUUGAAAUAGCUCGAUAUGAAGGUGCAGCUAUUCGAACUGUCAGUGGGAUCCGGGGACAGGUUAAGAAGGCUGCUAAAGAAGAGCUUGGUAACCAACCCAAAAAGAAGGGAGGAAAACCUAGAGAAGGGAUUGCAAGGUGUACCUUUGAGGAUAAGAUCAAGAUGAGUGACAUUGUUUUCAUGCGUGCAUGGGCUUCAGUCGAAGUUCCUCGCUUCUACAACCCAUUGACAACGGCCUUACAACCUCGUGAUCAGACCUGGCAAGGAAUGAAAACUGUCGCUGAAUUGAGGAGAGAACACAAUCUUGCCAUUCCUGUUAACAAGGAUUCAUUCUACAAGCCAAUUGAAAGGAAGCCAAAGAAGUUCAACCCAUUGGUAAUUCCCAAGUCCUUGGAAGCAUCUCUCCCGUUUGCAACAAAGUCUAAGGAUACACCUAGUCGGAAACGUCCACUUCUUGAAAAUAGAAGACCGGCUGUUGUCAUGGAGCCUGAUGAGCGAAAAGUUCAUGCUCUUGUUCAACAUCUUCAAUUGAUUAGAUCUGAAAAGAUUAAGAAGCGAAAGCUUAAGGAAGAAAAGAAGAGGAAAGAGCACGAGGCAGAGAAAGCCAAAGAUGAGGAGUUGUCGAGAAAGCGCCGGAGAGAAGAAAGACGGGAGAGAUAUCGAGAGCAGGAUAAACUGCAGAAGAAAAUUCGGAGAAAUGUGUAGGCCUGGUGUUUUUCUGCAGAAUCAAUAUCUAAUCAUAUAUUAUAAAAAUUUGAAUCCCAAAACUCAUGGAUUCAUACAUCGAUGACAUGUGUCUAUUUCUCAAAGCAUUCUACCAUGACACAUGUCAUUUCUUCUUAAAGAGAAAAUGGCUAUAAUGACUAUUCAUCUACCAUUAUCCCAUCAUUUUUGAAGAGCUGGUUGCUAUUAUCCUGUCAUUUUUUUUUUGAAGCCAUUAUCCUUUCAUUUUUGAAUA